AUGGCUAAUAAAAAAGGCAGUGUACUUUUGUGGCCUUCAGAUAACUAUAUACUACGAUGUUCUUAUAUUCGUUGGCAGCAGACUAUUCGUUCGACUCCUGUUGUCUACGAUUCAGAAUGCGUAAAUCAUAUUGAUUUACUCUAUUGCAAUGAACAUUUAUUCAAAAUUGAAAUAUUAAGAUGGAUUAUAUGUGAUAUACAAAAUUUAUGGUUGGCGUGUAGAACACCAGUGUCACCUUCAACUCUACCUCCAGUCGUCAGUAAUCAAACGGAGUUAACGGAAUUGAAUAUGAUGAAUCCAGCCAACUUACUAACUUAUACCUAUGAAUGGAAACCUUGGGAGCAUAUAUAUGCAAUGACCAAAAUUACCAAAGAUAACAUUAAUAUGCCCCAGUAUAAUCCUUAUGGGAAAUAUAUUGUUAAACUUUACUGGAUGGGCUGCUGGCGAAAAUUGAUUGUAGAUGAUACAAUUCCAUUCGAUGAAGAAGACAAACCAUUACUUCCGCAAACAAAGCAAUCCCAUGAAUUAUGGCCGAUGCUAUUGACUAAAGCAUUGUUAAAGAUUGCCUCUGUAGACUACAGAAGUGGGUAUUCCCUAGCAGAAAUGGGUGAUUUUAGCACUGUUCAAUGUUUAACUGGAUGGAUUAGACACACAAUUGUGGUGAAGAAGGAAUCGACAGAUAAACUUUGGAACUAUCUAACCAGUUAUUUAGCAGACUGGGAAAGACCGGAAGAUGUGGCAAAGCAAAAGGAGAAGCUGUUAAAACUUGAACAGCAACAACAACAACCACAGUUUGAAACUUUUGAAAGAGUGGAACACCGAGAUGUUGGUAAUAAGUCAGCGGUGAAUAAAGAGAAAGUGAAGGAUAAAAAAGCUGCACAUAAUUCAGUGGAUGAAUUAAAUUCUAAAAUUCCAGAAACUUUAAUAUUUGCGUCAUGUAAAAACACUGUUGCAUCAUUGGCGUGUAUUGUUCCAUCUGAGUUAAAGACGGAGACUGCAGUGAAAAUGAAAGAAUUUGGAUUCACCUAUCCAGAUGCUUAUCCAGUCUGCAUUGCAAAACGUCGGACUAUACCGAUUAUUCCACCGACUCCGGAAAAGGCUAUACCUACAUGGAAGUUGAUUAGACCAAGACCACUAGACUUCCCGUUUAAAUCACUGGAUAAAGAGGAUGAAGGUGACAAAAAAGAAAAGGAACCCAUACGCUCUUUACUUUUGUGGACACCAGUACAAGAGCAUAUUUUCUAUGAACCAGAGAAAAUAGUUACAAGUCUAUCAACUUCGACUGCUGAAACACCUUACGCCUCAUGUUCAUCACCUGAAACAGGAAGACAUAUUGGCGGUGGAACUGUGAAAGGCAGUAGAUCCAGUCCCCAAGGUUCACCUGGACGUCGUAGAAAGGAAUCAAUUUUAAAUAAUCAGAGUCUGACUAAAUCCCAGAAAAGAGGGUCACGAGAAGAUAUACAAAAGAAAGGUUCAGGAGGCAAGUCAAAAGAAGUUAAAAGCAGCAGUCGAACUACAGAAACAGCUGGUGGACAGAAUUCCAGUUCACGAGCAAGUGAUUCCUUACAAUCAAGUCAUUUAAAAUCAACUGCUGAAGAGACUAUAUCAGAGAUUGCGUCAGGAAAAUCUGUUUCUGCGACAUGUCCAAAAGAAAUCUGGCUUGAUAUAAAUGAAUUUUGUGAAAUAUUUAAGACGAUUGACAUUUACCAUAAACCCAAUACAUAUUCAAUUGUAAAAACACAUUCUAGUUUAAAACCCUCUGACCAAUCAUCUUCAGUUCACUAUCUUUUUUGUGAUAGUAUACAACCGUGUGAAAUUAUUCUACAACUUUCAGUGAUUUAUCAGUGGCCGUUACCUGUUGUCAAGCCGUUUAGUCCAUCCUAUUCCCGCGGAUUCUCUUACAUACCUGAAACAGAGGCAACUUUGACAGUACCGAUGAAUGAUCGCAGCAGUACACAUUUUUUAGCAGCGACUACAGCAAAAUCAGCUUCAUUUGCUGGCGAUUUCAAUUUACAAUCACGAAACGAUUCACCCAAUGAGUGCCAGUCAAUGCGAAAUGAAACUGGCCAGUCUGUUUUUGCAUCAUCACCGUCAUCGCUAUUAUCAUCACCCAAUCCACCAUCAACUGUUUUGGUUGAAUAUUAUCACUGGAAUAAAUCUAAACAAGGUGAUCCAGUUAAGCGUCUUGAAACAACAGGUAGUCGUGCCAUCUCUCUACUACUUCAUGGCAACAGACACUGUUAUAAAUUGAAUGUUUCAGCUCCAUUGGGUUAUGUACUUACUAUUCUUGGACGUUUACGUUCAACACCAACAGAAAAACACAACCAAUAUACAAAAGGUUUUCAGUCGAUUCAAAUACUGUUAGGUGAUAUCGACUACAUUCUUACCAAUGGUAUAUCAACUUGUCCAAUAAUGAUGCGAUAUUAUGCCAAUCAGCUGGUUAACUCCAUGGUUGGUGUAGGAACGGCAUUUGAGGCAUUGGUAAAUUUAAACAAUGCACAAGGUCAGCAAGCCCAUGAAUCUGUCAAUAAUAGUAAUAAUCCGGUUAAAGCAGAUAAAGAACUAACAACUGGCAGUGCACUACAUAAUUCGGAACUCAAUGAAUCAGAAUAUAGAGAAAAACUUGCAAAUGCCCUGACAAAUUUUGAGGCCAAGCAAACAGAAUUAGAUCAGCUGCUAUCAAUAUGGCCGAAUCAUAGGCUGAUUAAUCCAACCUUACUAUCGAUACUGCAACGCUUGACAGGAGAUUCUGCAACAUCUGAUAUGAAUUUCGCUUGGCGUGUAUUACAGAUGGAUUAUUCUACAUUGAAUCCAUUCGGAAUUGUUUAUGGUCAUGAUGCUAUUUCAAAUCCAGCUCCAGUUGCCAUAACGAAACAGAAGUCUAAGGCUCCUAGUUCACGGGGAGAGAAAACUGUACAAUCUGUUAAAGCUAACACCGCUGAAGAGGCAUUUACCAACCGUUGGGCGAAACCAGUUGAUCCCAACAUACUAGUUUCCAUUGUACGCAUACAAUCAGUAUUCCGUCGUUAUCGUAUUCGACAAGCGAAACGAUUGAAUCAGGUGAAGUUCAUUGCAGACUUUUUGUCAUCUAUCAAAAUGAAUUCAUAUGCUAGCGAUAAAUUAAAACAAUCGACAGAUAAGUCACUUUUACAAAAAAUAAAACGUUUAUCAAGUGGUUGGAUAACUUGUUUAAAUGUAUUGCAACAAGGACAUUAUCAAUCCGAGGUGGGAGUCGAACUGAUUCAAAAGUUAGUCUUAUCCAAUUCUUUAAUAAAGACGAAUGACUCAAGUGUGCAACAACGAUUGGUUGCAGAUCUUAAUUUGUAUUUAAGUGCUAAAGAGUAUACUGGGACGUAUUCAGAAAUACCUUCGGCAUACCCAAUGGAUAAUACAGGACCUUCAAUGAAUACAGAAAAGUUUAACGACCAGUUUCAUAAGGAUUGGAUUCAUUUACUAUUUCGUGAUUGUAUUUAUCCACCAACACGGAUGGAUGGUGAAUUAGAGAUGACGGAAGAAGUUAAUUAUUCAAUUCAAAUGAAAACUCUAAUCCCUGAUAGUUAUAUCCUGUUGAUAAACAAUGAUAACGGUGUAACAAUCCGACCAUCAGUUGAAUUUCCAUAUACUUGGCUACCUUUGCCUGAAAAUAAAAUGGGAUAUAGUUUGUUGGGGAUCGCAAACAAUGGACCUGCAUCAAGUGGAAAAUGGAGUCUACGUGUUUUAGGUCCAGGUGUUAUGGGUAGUGAAAGACUCCCUAAGCCACUAGGCUCAGCCUCACAAAGUUUAUGCUCAAAUUUUCAUACAAUAGAAUUAGAAGACUAUUAUGAACCGAAUUCUAGAGGUUUAGUAUUUAGACGUCAAGUCGUGGCUAGUAAUGACAGUUUGAUUACGGCUCAUUUGCGAUUAUCUGUUCCUAAUGUAUUCACACGAUUAUGCCUUAAAAUGGGUGACAAAGAGGUAGCAUAUGCCGAAGGUUAUGGAGGUGCCUGCAUUUUUGCCUAUAUGUUACUCGCCGAUGCACUGUCAUCUAAUAGCGGUCGCAAAAGUCAAGGAUCGAAUUCAGGUCGUUUAGUAGAAGCUGCAAAAACUGAUGUGAUCAAAUCAAGUCCUAGGGACGUAAUUAACCCGAAACUGACAACUGUUAAAUCAAGUACCGCUAGAAUGUCCCCAAGAAAAUCGGCAAUGUCAAAACGAAAUGUGAAACCGGGGAGUGGUUCAAGUAGUUCUACUGGUGGCAGUACACUAGGCAGCAGUAGUGGUAGCAGUGGUAUCAACAGUGCAAAUCCUGAAAGACGUGGUCGCCCAGUUUCAAGUGGAUUGAAUUCUCCACACAUUUCAGAUGAAAAAGAGAAUAAUGUCAAAGAACAAGACCGACAUUAUUGGAUUGAAGCUUACGUAGACAGUAAACAAUGGCCGUUGAGCAUAAGCAACUGGUCAUUUUUAGAAGAACGACGCUGUGCAAAACUUGAAGAAUGUCAAGUGAAUCAUCCAUCUCGUGGUGCAUCAGCAGAUAAAAGUUCUAGUGGUCGAACAGUCAAAUCAGCGACAAUUAAGUCUGCUGGCGGUAAAUCAAGUGGUGUUGCCCAAAAGUCUGGAUCUGGACGUGGUACCUCAGCAAAAAUUGAUAUCAAUCAGGCUCACUGGAGAAUGAGACUAAUUUGUAACAAUGCUAAUGAUUUGAGAGUAAUCAGUGAGGAUAACAAACUGUUAGAAAUAAAAGCUUUGAAAAGGGCUUGGGAAGAAAUGGAACCAGGGAGGGCGAUGAGAGUGAUUACAACGAAAUCUGAUGAUAGUCAAAUCCAAACGCCUAAAGAACAACCAUUAACGGAAUACACAUCAGAUCCAUCUAAAAUUUAUGUACUGACAUUCCCACAAGAACUGAAUAGAACUGUCAGUCUUGUUAAACCGAUCGAAUUACACAAAUUCAACUUGAAGCCGGAUGAGGUUGAAUUGAAUCGAAUCGAAGAGGCAAGAAAGCUGAUAGGUCCACACACUGAUCAAUGGUUUAUUGCAUCGAAAUAUUUAAAACAAGUCAGAUUACUGUCAAGUAGUGAUUCAGAUAAAAUAAUAAAGGCGAAACGCGAAAUAUUUAAUGAAUUUAUGAAUAAUUUAGAGGCGGAAAUAACUGAAUACAAAAGGAAACGAGGUGAAUACAGGCAGAAACAUAUAAUUAUGCUCAAAACUGCUCAGUUUCUGAAUGACAAAGCACACUACAAAUAUUACGAUAUGUGCAUGACGUAUAGAAAUAAUUUAAUAAAAGAAUAUAAAGAGGAGGUGGAGAAGGAGAAAGAAGCCCUAAUCAAUCAGGAUCAGGAGAUUGAUUCAGUUGCUGAACCAGCUGUUGUUGCUACUAAUCCAGAGAAAAGUCUCAAAAAAGAAAGAACAAAGUCCACACGAAGUUCAAAAUCUGGUUCAAAAAGCCGUCCAAAUUCAAUGAAAAAGAGAGGCUAA